GCAGAGUAAAGGAUCGACUCUACAAUGACAUCCCCUCUGGCAUUGGACUUCUGCCCCUCGUCCGAAAUCGCAGGGCAUGAUGGCAUGGCGUAGGCAUUUAUUCGUGUUCAGCGUAGGAGAGCACCCUGGACCAAAUUUCCUCACUUUUCUGCCUUGACAUUGGUUUUUGCAUAUCACUACCCAUACAGCCUAGAUUUCCAGCAACAUGCCUCCUACCACGAACGGGCAAGCACCUGCAGUAAAAAAUGUUGGAUACAUCGGCCUCGGGAAUGCAGGCUUCAGCAUGGCCUCGAAUCUGCCCAAAGCCGGCUACCAUGUAGUCGUGCACGACGUGAACGAGGCACAAGUCCAGAAGGCUGUCUCGGAAUGGCCAAACACCACUGCUGCGAAUGGGAAAGCAGAGGCGUUUGCGGAUUGCGAGGUUAUUGUUACCAUGCUUCCGCAAGGCAAGAUCGUGAGAGAAGUGCUUCUCGGCAAAGACAACUUUGCUCGAUGCUUGAAGCCAGGUACAAUCAUCAUCGACACCUCCUCAUCCUCUCCCUUCGAUACAAUCGCCCUCGGCAAAGAACUCGCGGAACACCAACUCGAACUCGUCGACUCACCCAUCACCCAGACCUACAUGCACGCCACCGACGGCGGCGAAUCCACCCUCAUAGUCGGCGCCGACUCUCCCGCCGUCUUCGCCAAAGCCGAGCCCAUCAUUCGCACCAUGGCACGCUACGUCUUCCACAUGGGAAAACUCGGCAACGGCCACGCGAUGAAAACGUUGAAUAACUACAUCAUGGCAUCCUCCAUCUGCGCCUUAAGCGAUAGCUUGGUAACAGGACAAAAAUACGGCUUAGACCCAAAGCAAAUGAUCGAUGUCUUGAACGUAGGGACAGGCGUAUGCUUCCCUACAUUAGAUACAUUCCGAAGAGAUGGCUUGACAGGGCGGUAUAAUUCUGGUUUUGGGCUGGCGUUGUUGGUCAAAGAUCUGGGGAUCACAGAGGAUUUCAUGCAGUAUAAUGGGUUUGAAACAGAAUUACCUGGUUUGACCAGGAGGUAUUUGGGGGAUGCGCUUAAGGAGGUGGAGCAGAAUGCGGAUCAUACGAAGGCUUUGGUCGGGUGGGAGAAGAGGAGUGGGGUGACGUUGCAGAGGCCGAAGGAGGUGGAGGAUAUUCCGAAGGAGGAUUUUGAACAUCGGUUGAAGGGGUUGAAUCGGUCGAGGGAUAUUUAGAGGGGGCGGACGAGGAGAGCUAGUUCCAUACGCGGCCCAGAGUAGAAGAAAGAAGAUGUAUUCCUUGACUUACUCUCGCCUGUAGGCGUCACUCAAUGUCGUGCUGCCAUUCAUCGUGCUUUGACAAACCUUGACUAGUCGGCAUAAGCCGUUCAAUCGCAUCUGGUCCAUUUUGCGUCAAGAUGAAUGG